UCUUUGUCUUUUUUAAGUAUUUAAGCAUAUGACAACCACGCAGUAUUUAAAAAGAUCAUCUAAGUUUUAAAAAAUCCAAGUUAAUAAUCCUGGACAUCAAAAUGAAUAAUUUAAUUAUUAAAUUAAUAACGCUGGUAACAUUCUCCAGUAUAUCGUACGUCUAUUCUCACUCGAUUGAUAAACGUUCAACAUCAACUGAAGGCGUCAUAGUUGGACCAUAUACUCCAGUUUACUAUUUAGAAUAUCCACGAGAUAAUUAUUUAAAAGUUCGUCGUCUAGUGCACAAAUUUGAAGCAUCCCCUUCUUACAACUACUAUCGUCUUCCGGAAAACAAAUCCAACGGAACACUUUUUCUGAAGGUAUUAGUAGUCCUUGAUUGGUAUGAUCUAGUUGAGAACAGAGCAGAGCAAGAUAUUCUUAAUGACGUAUUGAGGAAAUGGAAUAAAGUCGAUAAAUAUUUUGGACAACUUGACAACCCCAAGUGGAAGUUGGUUAUUUCUGGAGUCGUCAUACCAACAAAACCAAAUACUUGGCAAUCAGCGACAGAAGUUGAAGGAACUUAUUGUUAUCUUAUUCCUUCUUUUACAAAAAAUUUGACCAAUUGGUUCAAUGAUAAUGCUGAUCAGUUUGAAAGUUUCAACUAUGAUUUAUUUGUUUUUAUGUCGCACCGCGAAUUGACCUCGUCGAAGAAAAUUGAAGACUGUAUGUAUGAUCGUCAUAGUUCGAAUAACUUCGCUUGUAAUACUGAACACGAUUCAAAUCAUCGUUCACUAGGAGGAGUCGCAGUGAAUAAUCAUGUUUUUACGAAUAGUGCUGCCUACACUGUCGCUUCAUUAUUGGGAGUCAAGACUGAUCAAGAACUGGGAUGCGAAAGUGGUUGUAUAAUGGACUCCAACCAAGUUCGUGGUGACUUGACUUGGUCAGAAUGUUCUAGAAGAGUCUUUAGAUCGAUGUUCAAUGACAGCGCAUACACUUGUUUACGUCAAAUAAUUUAUGAAGAUGAAAACGAUUAUGACGAUUGAUUCGAAAUUUUAUACUUUACACACUGAAAAAAAAUGAUAACCAUCAGCAUUUUGCACUAGAAAAUUAUUACCAUAUUAUAUGCGAUAAUCAUUGUAAAUCUGAUAUGUUAAUUAUUCUUUUCUCAUAUAAUGAUAUUCAUUAUUGUCGUUAGUAAUAGUUACCAGCUAAAUAGCAAUAUCUAUGAAACCUGAAAAAUUUGUAAACUUUGCGAUCUAAGAAUGAUUAUCAUCUAGGACAAAAAUAGUUACCAUUUUCGAUAGGAAAAAUUGAUAUAAAAGAAUGAGAAUCUUUCAAAUAUAAAGAUGGACAUUUUUACUUCGUUGAGAUGGGGUUACUUUUUUUUCAGUUGUAAGUAAAAUUAUAUAAAUUUCAUUGAAUAACCAUUUUCAAAUAAAUAGCAAGAUGUAUUGUUGCACUUUCACGUAAAAAUAUUAGAGAGUCGUCCAAAGAUCUCCAAGUGCAGAAACUAUAUUGACCCUAACGGAUAGUUCGAAUCGACACGUGCCCAAGAUGAAAUUUAAUUUCAUUCUACAUAAAUUACCAAUCUUCUAAAUGUAUUAUAUAAGAAGAAAAUCAUUUGAAUUUAUAUAAAUAACAAAAUAUAUAAUAAAUAAAAACACUUUUCACGUGUAUUGACGCGCGUAAUCAAAACAGUCAAUUUCUCUUAUAUUCAAUUGAUUUUUUACAGCAAAAAAAAAUUGUAACGAAAAAUUGAUUUAAUAAUUAGCAAACACUUUAUUAAUGAAAAGAUAUUUAAAUAUUCAUCGCAUGUUUGCUUUAAAAUUACAAUACAAACAUUAUAAAUUUAUUGUUUAUAUAAUAUGAUAAAACCGAGAUUAAUUACAAAAUUACUAUAGUAUGGGAAAAUUGUAUCGUCAAUUAUACAAUCUUUGUGUACUGUAAUAAUUUAUGUAAUUAUAAAAUUGUUCUAUGAAGGGAACUGCGACCUUUUGUUAAAAAAAAAUUAUUUUAUUUUUUUAUAUUCUCAUGGAAAUUAUUCUGGAUCAAAAAUAAAAAGUUUAUUAGAAUAAUAAAUCAAUAAAGUAUGAACUUUA